AUGCGCUCGUACGUUCCAUUUCUUGUUGGUGCUAUUUUCGCCGUCGUGGUCCAGGGCAAUCCCGAUCAUGAACCUCUCAUGGCUCGCGGAAAGAUAGCUUGCAAGCCUUCGGCAGAAACAGGCUGUGCUGCCUGUGGCGCCAACUGGGUCGCAUGCGGUACAGAUGCAUGCUACAAUCCUGUGGCUGGAGACGUCUGCUGUUCCAAUAGAUAUGCAUGCCCUUCCACCUCCAACUGUACCACCACCGGCAUAGGAUGCAUUCCUCAGAAUGGAAAGCCUCGCGAGUGUCCUCAGGAGCUCAGACACUUGCUCAGCAGCAGUAGCAGCAGUGCCACUAGCAGCACCGGGUCAUCGAGCUCAUCG